AUGUCUGUUCCGACCACGCUAACUGAAUACUACAACACGACGUACUCGAAAUGCGCCCAAAUGUUCGGACUAAUCGACUCGCCCGAGUUCCUGUCAAUCGGAUCAAAGUCGCUGGCGCUCGUGAUCAUUCCGAUCAACUUGUUCGGAUUUCUGUGCAUUCUGUGUCGGACGCCCAAGUACAUGAAGGGAUUCAAGUGGCAUCUGAUGCACUUGCACUUUUGGUAAGCAUGAAAUCGUGUUGUCAUCGCAAAGUGUCAUUUUUUGUCAGGUUUCUAAUGCUAUCCACGUGCUACACCCUGCUGACAACCACGUAUACAUUCUAUCCGGCUCAAGUCAGAUGCCCCAUCGGCGUGCUUCGUCAUCUGGGAAUAUCGUCGGAAUAUCAAUUCGGCCUCACUAAUUUUGCGUACAUUGGUCUCGCUACUUCUAUUAUCAUGCUCUUCGAGAACCGACAUCAACACUUGGUACCGCCUACGGACAUAUUCUACCGUAUCCAUGACACUCAUCGGGCUCUCCUGGGGCUCUUGAAUUUUAUCGUCGGAAGUGGUAACUAUCUGCCGACUCUCGUGGCUACGGCACUUGCCACGGAUCGGCAACAACGUCAAGAACAGCUAAAGUUGGCCUACCUCGCUUGGGUCCCCUGCCCCACGCCGCUCUACUUCAAUUCUUGUGCCGUCGCCCUCGAUCUGUCUGCAACUUUCUGGAACAUUGUGGCCUUUAUCGUCAAAACACUCAUAUUCUCCCAGAUGGCCUUCUUCAUCGCUCACAGUUUCUGGUAUCUACGUAAAUCGCGAAAGAUGGACGCGUUUUCGGACAGGACAAAACGCAUUCAGCAGGCGUUUUUCGGGGCGGCUCUCGCUCAAGUGGUCGCUCCGAUUUGUGCGAUCGCGGCUCCGCUGACGAUAUUCACGUACGUCACGGCUACCAAACAGUACUUGCCAGGUGAGUACGGCGACAAAAUUGAACCUGAAACAUGUGGAACCAAUCGAUACCAGGCCUCCACGGCGCGGCUUUUGCGACGUUCACCAAACGUUUAA